AGGUCGAAACAAUAACAAGGGACUGCCUCAGUCUACGAUUUCUUUUGAUGGAAUCUAUGCAAAUAUGAGGAUGGUUCAUAUACUUACAUCAGUUGUUGGAUCCAAAUGUGAAGUACAAGUGAAAAAUGGAGGUAUAUAUGAAGGAGUUUUUAAAACAUACAGUCCUAAGUGUGAUUUGGUCCUUGAUGCUGCACAUGAGAAAAGUACAGAAUCCAGUUCAGGGCCAAAACGUGAAGAAAUAAUGGAGAGUAUUUUGUUUAAGUGUUCAGACUUCGUUGUGGUACAGUUUAAAGAUAUGGACUCCAGUUAUGCAAGAAGAGAUGCUUUCACUGACUCAGCUAUCAGUGCUAAAGUGAACGGUGAGCACAAGGAGAAGGACCUGGAGCCCUGGGAUGCAGGGGAGCUCACUGCCAGCGAGGAGCUCGAAGCUUUGGAGAACGACGUCUCUAAUGGAUGGGAUCCCAAUGAUAUGUUUCGAUAUAAUGAAGAAAAUUAUGGUGUAGUGUCUACAUAUGAUAGCAGUUUAUCUUCAUAUACGGUGCCCUUAGAAAGGGAUAAUUCAGAAGAAUUUUUAAAACGAGAAGCAAGAGCAAACCAAUUAGCAGAAGAAAUUGAAUCAAGUGCCCAGUACAAAGCCCGGGUAGCCCUGGAAAAUGAUGAUAGGAGCGAAGAAGAAAAAUACACAGCAGUUCAGAGAAAUUCCAGUGAACGUGAGAGUCACAGCAUAAACACUAGGGAAAAUAAAUAUAUUCCUCCUGGACAAAGAAAUAGAGAAGUCAUGUCCUGGGGAAGUGGGCGACAGAAUUCACCGCGUAUGGGCCAGCCUGGACCGGGCUCCAUGGCAUCAAGAUCCACUUCUCACACAUCAGAUUUCAACCCGAAUUCUGGUUCAGACCAAAGAGUAGUUAAUGGAGGUGUUCCCUGGCCAUCGCCUUGCCCAUCUCCUUCCUCUCGCCCACCUUCUCGCUACCAGUCAGGUCCCAACUCUCUUCCACCUCGGGCAGCCACCCCUACACGGCCGCCCUCCAGGCCCCCCUCGCGGCCAUCCAGACCCCCGUCUCACCCCUCUGCUCAUGGUUCUCCAGCUCCUGUCUCUACUAUGCCUAAACGCAUGUCUUCAGAAGGGCCUCCAAGGAUGUCCCCAAAGGCCCAGCGACACCCUCGAAAUCACAGAGUUUCUGCUGGAAGGGGUUCCAUUUCCAGUGGACUAGAAUUUGUAUCCCAUACUCCACCGAGUGAAGCAGUGGCUCCUCCCACAGCAAGGACCAGUCCAGCGGGGGGCACGUGGUCAUCUGUGGUCAGCGGGGUUCCAAGAUUAUCCCCCAAAACUCACAGACCCAGGUCUCCCAGACAGAACAGUAUUGGAAAUACUCCUAGUGGAGCAGUUCUUGCUUCUCCCCAAGCUGGUAUUAUUCCCACGGAAGCUGUUGCUAUGCCUGUUCCAGCUGCAUCUCCCACGCCUGCCAGUCCUGCAUCUAACAGAGCUGUCACCCCGUCUAUUGAGGCUAAGGAUUCCAGGCUUCAAGAUCAGAGGCAGAACUCUCCUGCAGGGAAUAAGGAAAACAUGAAGCCCAAUGAGACAUCACCCAGCUUCUCAAAAGUUGAAAAUAAAGGUAUAUCACCAGUUGUUUCCGAGCAUAGAAAACAGAUUGAUGACUUAAAGAAAUUUAAGAAUGAUUUUAGGUUACAGCCAAGUUCUACUUCUGAAUCUGUGGAUCAACUGCUAAACAAAAAUAGAGAGGGAGAAAAAUCAAGAGAUUUGAUCAAAGACAAAAUUGAACCAAAUGCUAAGGAUUCUUUCAUUGAAAAUAACAGCAGCAACUGCACCAGUGGCAGCAGCAAGCCGAGCAGCCCCAGCAUUUCCCCCUCGGUCCUCAGUCACACGGAGCACAGGAGGGGUCCCGAGGUCACCUCCCAAGGAGUCCAGACGUCCAGCCCAGGAUGUAAACAAGAGAAAGAUGAUAAAGAGGAGAAAAAAGACGCAGCUGAGUAAGUAAACUCUUCGGGUUGCAAUAAUAAUGAGCUUUUCAUCUUAAGAGAGUCGAUUUUUGUUUUUUUGCAGCCAAAGCCUUCUACCACCCCAACUUCGCCUCGUCCUCAAGCACAACCUAGCCCGUCCAUGGUGGGUCAUCAGCAGCCAACUCCAGUUUAUACUCAGCCUGUUUGUUUUGCACCAAAUAUGAUGUAUCCAGUCCCAGUGAGCCCAGGCGUGCAACCUUUAUAUCCUAUACCUAUGACGCCCAUGCCAGUCAAUCAAGCCAAGACAUAUAGAGCAGUACCAAACAUGCCCCAGCAACGGCAAGACCAGCAUCAUCAGAGCACCAUGAUGCAUCCCGCCUCAGCGGCAGGCCCACCAAUUGUGGCCACCCCACCAGCUUAUUCCACACAAUACGUUGCCUAUAGUCCUCAGCAGUUUCCAAAUCAGCCUCUUGUUCAGCACGUGCCCCAUUAUCAGUCUCAGCAUCCUCAUGUCUACAGUCCUGUAAUACAGGGCAGUGCCAGGAUGAUGGCCCCAGCGGCCCAUGCCCAGCCGGGCCUCGUGUCUUCCUCAGCUGCUCAGUACGGGGCUCACGAGCAGACACAUGCGAUGUAUGCAUGUCCCAAAUUACCAUACAACAAGGAGACAAGCCCUUCUUUCUACUUUGCCAUUUCCACUGGCUCCCUUGCUCAGCAGUAUGCGCACCCUAAUGCUACCCUGCACCCACAUACUCCACAUCCUCAGCCUUCAGCCACCCCCACUGGACAGCAGCAAAGCCAACAUGGUGGAAGUCACCCUGCACCCAGCCCCGUCCAGCACCAUCAGCACCAAGCCGCCCAGGCUCUCCACCUGGCGGGUCCGCAGCAGCAGUCAGCCAUUUACCACGCGGGGCUCGCACCAACCCCGCCGUCCAUGACACCUGCUUCCAACACGCAGUCGCCACAGAACAGUUUCCCAGCAGCACAGCAGACAGUCUUCACAAUCCACCCUUCUCAUGUCCAGCCGGCGUACACCAACCCGCCCCACAUGGCCCACGUACCUCAGGCUCAUGUACAGUCAGGAAUGGUUCCUUCUCAUCCAACUGCCCAUGCGCCAAUGAUGCUAAUGACGACACAGCCACCCGGCGGUCCCCAGGCCGCCCUCGCUCAAAGUGCACUACAGCCCAUUCCAGUCUCGACAACAGCGCAUUUCCCCUAUAUGACGCACCCUUCAGUACAAGCCCACCACCAACAGCAGUUGUAAGGCUGCCCUGGAGGAACCGAAAGGCCAAAUUCCCUCCUCCCUUCUACUGCUUCUACCAACUGGAAGCACAGAAAACUAGAAUUUCAUUUAUUUUGUUUUUUAAAAAUAUAUGUUGAUUUCUUGUAACAUCCAAUAGGAAUGCUAACAGUUCACUUGCAGUGGAAGAUAUUUGGACCGAGUAGAGGCAUUUAGGAACUUGUGGGCUGUUCCAAUUCCAUAUGCUGUUUCCGAGUCCCGCAAGUACCCCAGCUCUGCUUGCUCAAACUGGAAGUUAUUUAUUUUUUAAUAACCCUCAAAAGUCAUGUAUACAUCAGCUAGCAAAAGUAACAAGAGUGAUUCUUGCUGCUAUUACUGCUAAAAAAAAAAAAAAUCAAGACUUGGAACACCCUUUUACUAAACUUGACAAAGUUUCAGUAAAUUCUUACCGUCAAACUGACGGAUUAUUAUUUAUAAAUCAAGUUUGAUGAAGUGAUCACUGUCUACAGUGGUUCAACUUUUAAGUUAAGGGAAAAACUUUUACUUUGUAGAUAAUAUAAAAUAAAAACUUAAAAAAAAAUUAAAAAAUAAAAAAAGUUUUAAAAACUGAUAUCCAGUUAGUGUGUGUUUGUAUAAGCUACUAGUUAAUACCAAGGCAGGAAGGCUGUAUUUUCUUAAUAUCCUGGAAGGUUAGUUGUCAAAUGAUUUUUCUUC